AUGAUGAUGUCCGUAAUUCUUCCUUUAGAUAUGGUAGAGGAAAUACUAUCUAGGGUUCCAGCCACAUCUUUAAAACGAUUAAGAUCUACUUGCACACAAUGGAACGCUUUAUUCAAAGACCAAAGAUUUACUAAGAAACACUUUAGUAAAGCACCAAAGGAGUCUAUGGUUCUCAUGUUGAAGGAGUAUAGGAUUUUUUCAAUGAGCCUCGAUCUCAAAAGCUCCCCAUCUCUAGAGUUUAAGGGUGGCCUUGGCCUAAAGGAUUCUCAUUCUACUUUAGAAGAAGACGAUAUACAUUUAGUUGUUCAUUGCGAAGGUUUAUUGCUAUGCAUCACCGAAGAUAAUAGACCCGUGGUUUGGAACCCGUGUUUGGGCGAAACCAGGUGGAUCCAACCUAAAACCAGUUACGAGUGGAGCUCUACGUUUGCUCUAGGAUACGAAAAAACGAAAUCCGGCCAUAGCUACAAAAUGCUGAUGUUUUGGAAACGUGACAAUAACUUACCAUACGAACUUAGUGGGUCUGAUAUAUAUGAUUUUAACUCUGAUUCAUGGAGGGUGGUUGAUAAUAUUGUCUCUCUCGACUGCUUUCUGCUAUCAUAUAUUGGCGUCUCACUGAAGGGAAAUAGUUACUGGCUUGCUUAUGAUGCAAACGGCAAUCACUUCUUACUAUGUUUUGACUUUACAGCAGAGAGAUUUAAACCUAUGUGCCUUCCUCUGGUUGCUGGUCAGAUGGCUAUAUCAGUUGUUGGAGAUAAACAACUUUCAGUGGUUAGUCAGAGCGAUAGUACAAUAACGAUGUGGGUUACCAAUAAAACUGAUACUGACAUUAAAGGUGCGUUGGAGUGGAGCAAAUCGUUUACAGUGGAUAUACCCACCCGCGGUGCAUGGUUUCCAUAUUUAUUCAGUUUUUCAGUUGUCGAGGAGAAGAAAGUGACCUUGUGUAGUGAUGGAAUUUUGGUGACCGGCAGAAACAUGGUUUACAUUAUUAGAGAGGACGAAGAAUCUUAUACAGAAAUCACUUAUAUCGAACCUACAAACAUAUUCCAGUGGUGGUAUCCAUUUAUUUUCAAUUAUGUUCCAAGUUUGGUUCAAGUCCAACUAGAAGAAUGA